GACGACACCCCUCUGGACGAGGAGCCACUGUAUGUCAACGCGAAGCAGUACUAUCGUAUCCUUAAGCGCCGUGUAGCGCGCGCCAGACUGGAAGAGGUACAUCGGCUAUCUAAGCAAAGAAAGCCGUAUCUCCAUGAAUCGCGUCACAAACAUGCGAUGCGACGUCCGCGUGGUCCAGGUGGUCGCUUCCUGACCGCCGGCGAAAUCGCAGCUCAAAAAGCCCAGGAG